AGUACUCCGUCGACUAUCAGAUAUACCGGGUGUACAUGUGAUCUCGUUAAAAAAAAACCGGCAUUGUAUAACUGCAAACAAAAAAAAAAACAUUAACCUUUAAUACUUAUUUUAGUGAUAAUUUUCGAAAGAUAAACUGAAUUAUUAUCUUCAAAUUUUAAUUUAUGUAAAACUUGUUUUGCUAAAUAAAAAACGUGUUGUUAAAUCGGAUUUUGAGAGACUGAUUUUUUUUUUAUGAUAUAAAAGAAGGUUGUUGUAGAGUGGUUAAAGUGGUGAAACGAAACUAAAAGAAAUUGUAAAUUUUUGGAAGAGAAAGGAAAAAGAAUUUUUUGUUGUGACGCUUUUAAAACGAUUCUGUUCGUAUGGUGAUGUCAGAGCAAGGAGGGUUGGCCAUGCACCAACUACCGAUGCACCACCGUGUGCAACCAAGUCUCGUGAUGAAUCCUCAUCCAUUGAGCGACUCCUGUUCUAUUGAAUCACAAAAUAAAAAACCACGGAGAUUAAGUCAUUGCGUGGGUUGUGGAGGUCAAAUUCACGAUCAAUGGAUACUGAGGGUAGCCCCGGAUCUUGAGUGGCACGCGGCGUGCCUGAAAUGCCAAGAGUGCCAAAGGUUUCUCGACGAGUCAUGUACGUGUUUUGUAAGGGAUGGAAAAACUUAUUGCAAAGUCGAUUAUGUCAGAUUAUUUGGAGCGAGAUGCGAUAAAUGUGGAAAUUCAUUCAGUAAAAGCGACUUCGUGAUGCGGGCUAAAAACAAGAUUUAUCACGUCGAGUGUUUCCGAUGCGUGGCGUGCACGCGACAACUAGUUCCCGGGGAUGAGUUUGCGUUGCGCGACGGCGGUGCUCUUUAUUGCAAAGAAGAUCACGACGUGAUGGAGAAAACUUCGGCGCCGACGACACCUCACGCAGCCAACGAAAGCAACAACAACACCAGCUUAAGUAAUAACAAUCAUAAUAACACGCAAAGUACAGAACUAGGAUGUAUGUCAGAUUCAGGUUCUGAAAGUGGUUCACAUAAAGGUGGUGGUCAAAGGAAAUCGAAUGCGGCCGGUGGCGAUGGAAAACCAACGCGCGUUCGAACUGUUCUCAAUGAGAAACAAUUACACACGUUGAGGACGUGUUACGCGGCGAAUCCACGUCCAGAUGCCCUCAUGAAGGAGCAGCUGGUCGAGAUGACCGGGUUGUCGCCGCGCGUUAUUCGCGUCUGGUUCCAAAAUAAACGGUGCAAAGAUAAGAAAAAGACGAUACUUAUGAAACAACAAAUGCAACAGGAAAAGUUUUUUGCGCAGGACGGCAGAAAGUUGGGUUACGGUGCGAUGCAGGGCAUCCCGAUGGUGGCGUCCUCACCGGUCCGUCACGAUUCGCCGUUGGGUGUCCACCCCCUCGAAGUUCAAGCGUACCAACCCCCGUGGAAAGCCUUAUCUGAUUAUGCCUUACAUGCGGAUCUAGAUCAACCGCACGCACCCGCCUUUCAACAAUUAGUUAAUCAGAUGCAUGGUUAUGAUUUGCCACCACCAAAUAUGGGUCCCGGACCGGCACAAGGGCCACCUCCAGGAAUGAUACCACCAUCUGGUUUACCAUCGGACGCGAUGACUCACCCGGAUAGUACAGAUAGUUAUGUGACCUUUGACAGUGACGAAAGCAUCCCCGGUAGUCCUUAACACUUCAAAAUUGAAAUCGAUUACCUCGAGUCCGCUUAAUUAAAA